UUCAUGUUUUCUCAUCAAAUAAAACUUCUUUCGAUAUAACAUGCUCCAUCAUUACUGUCACACAUUAAGUACACAUUACUCGCAAAACUUCAGAACUCAACUCAACAAAUCAAAGUUAAGGAUUUUCUCAGUAUACACUACUAAAAAGCCGCCUGAAGAAUGAUCUAUCUACAGAAUUGUUGCUGCUUCGUGGAUUUGCGUCUGGGUGCGAUCAUAUCAGGCCUAGUCCAUGCUAUUGCUGACGUGUUAGGAGGCUUCUUCAUAAUGAUAAUGGCCGGAACGGGGACUCCCGAUCUGUGCCACAAGCUGACUAUUUUCUUAUUCAUAGUACAUUUGAUUAGUUGCGCGGGCAUGGUCUACGGCUCCAUUAAGCUUAGCACCAAAUUCAUGAUCCCAUACAUAUUGAUGACCUUAGCAAUGAUCCUAUACCUGAUCCCCCUGUUCGUAGCCGAUGUAAUUCUUGCCGUUUGGUACUUUGUAUUGAUAACCUAUAUCUUACUGUUCUUGAUCUCUUUGUACUGCUGGCUGGUAGCCUACUCCUUCUAUGCGGCCCUGGGCGGGACCCUCUUUAUUUAGAGAGGUUUGAUCAAGCACUUAUCUCAUCAAUAUCAAAUUUUAACGUAUUCUCUUUGUAAAAAGGUUAAUUUAGGCGCAUUCAAAAUUGAAAAUAUUAUCAAUAUAUAUUUCUUUCAAUGUAGAAUGUGUUUUUUUGUCUGUUAAUUCAUUUUUCUGCCUCUUCUGUACCAUAGAUGCUAUGUACGAUGCACAACCCUACAUAAACUGUAGACGGAAGUCUGUUUCUCAACUGAUAGCACAACAAUCUCCAAAUGAUACGCUUAAAAUGGUGCUGCUGCUGCAUUGCACUACGCAAGGCGUGCAUAAUCAUCGCCUGUUUAGACUUUGUUAUUAACUUAACCAUCGCCACCAUUGGCGCAAAAUAUCAUUUCAUCGAUAGGAUUGAGCAAGCGGUGGCUAUUUGUCACUGCAUUGGCUGUGUCUUCCUGAUAGGCGGGGCUCUGCUCAAAUCAUCCGUUCUGCUGAUCUUCUUCCUCAUUACCAGCCUGACCAACUAUGUCAUCUUGAUCGCCUAUAUCAUCUACAUUUGCUUUGAUUGGGUACCCAAGGGGGAGUUUAUAGUGCCUACCAUUAUAAUUUAUACAUUUGUUGGCAUAUACUUUUGGCUCGUCGUCUUCUCCCAUUAUAAAAACGUGACCGCCGAUACUGUAACGAUUGAUGUAUAAUCUCUUAAUGUUGAUCUUUAAAU